CGCGAAUCCUCUCACUUUCUUUUCUUCAUUAUUUUAUUUAUUUCUUCGCUUUUAAAUAAACACAUUCAUUGCUUCUCUUCUCACUCUACUCAUGCAUUCUCUUAUUUAGUUUCCAAUUUCCACUUUUCAUUUUUGCAUUUCGGUUAGAAGUUUGUUAUGGCGGACCAAUCGGUGAAUCUUCCGUCAUCAGUAGAGAAUCUUAUAAACCAAAUCCGCGAACAACAAUCGCAACCACCGCUCGACUCAUCAAUUCGACGAAACUUAGCUGAGCUCGGAGAACAAAAAGCUCUUCAAAUUCUUUAUUAUAUCUCUACACAACCAAUUAAGCGUUCUCUUAAUGCAUUUACCGUAUAUAUGAUUAACCAACAUCGGUCUCCUCCGUCACCGUCACGUCCUUCUUCGUCACAGUCACAGUCACAGUCACAGUCACAGUCACGUCCUUAUUCCUUACAGUCACAGUUACUGUCACAUUUACAGUCACGUCCUUCUCCGUUACCGUUACGGUCACAGUCACUUCCGUCUUCGUCUACAGCUCCUCCACCGCAUUCCGAUGUUCUCACGGCGUUAGGAGAGUUAGAGUUUCGAAAGUCAUUUCUGCUGAUGAGUUAUGCUGGACGUGAGAAUAUUGAAAAUGUUGUAACGGCUGAAUAUGUUAGAAGCUUGAAAGAGUUGACGAUGAAAAAUUUUGAGAAAGAAAUUUGGGAAACUGUGGGACAGAAAUACAUUGAACGACCUACUGAUCGUCUAGUGUAUCUUGAUUGGGAUUCUGGCAGGACACAUAUAUACCAGUGCUUUGUUUCUCCAAAUGGGAGUUUAAGGUUCAAGGGCCCUAUUUUACAACACACGCGAACACACCUGCAGAAAUCACUAGGUGAUGACAAUGUUUUGCUUGUAAAAUUUGCUGAGGAUCAGUAUGCAAGGAAAUCAGAGACCAGUGCUCAAAAAGCUGCCAAGCACUAUGAGAAGUUUGGAAAAGAAGGGCUCCGUGUUGGUCUUCGUUUGUAUCGCUUUUUUGUUUUCAAAGUUGGUGGAAAGGAAGAGAAGAAGAAGGAUCCAACAACUUCAUCAGUCAAAUGUUAUUUUGUUAGGACAGAAUCAUCUUGUUCUACAGAUGAGAGGGAAUCAUACAUUUUGUCAAAUAGGACAAUGUUUGAAUCCAGAUCUUUAUUUAUGCAUGCACACAUGUUACCCAAUAUUGACAAGUAUAUGGCUAGGUUCUCUCUCAUUCUGUCAAAGACCUAUAAGCUUAAUGUUGACUGGACAACUGUGAGCGUCAAAACAAUACCAGAUGUCUGUUGUCAGGAUGAACAUGGCAAUACUGUAUAUCAUAAUGAGAAACGAUGUAUUCUCACAGACGGAACUGGAUUCAUCUCAGAAGAUUUGGCAGUACUCUGCCCUAACAAUGUGUUAAAAGGAAGUAACUUGAAGAAUACACAUAUAAAGGAAAUUUCCAAUCUGGUUAAACUUGAGGAUAUGAGUAAGGCUAUGGGAGAAGCAGCACUGAGCAAACAUCAGCCACCACUGCUGAUUCAGUGCCGUCUCUUUCACAUGGGUUGUGCAAUGAAGGGUACUCUAUUGGUUAACAAAAAGCUUUCUCCCAGUACGAUACAGGUGCGGCCUUCAAUGAUUAAAGUUAUGACUGACCCGAGCCUUUCAAAUAUUCAAAGCUUAAAUUCGAUGGAGGUAGUAAAUACCAGCCACAAACCAAAUAGAGCAUAUUUAUCUAAAUAUUUGAUCGCACUUCUAAGCUAUGGAAGAGUUCCAAAUGAAUUCUUCAUGGAUGUACUUAAGAGUAAUUUAGAAGAUGCAGGCCAUAUCUAUACCAAUAAGCGUGCUGCACUCAGAGCAUCUCUCAACUAUGCCGAGAUGGAUGACUUCAAUGCUGCAGGAAUGAUUUUAUGUGGGAUUCCCCUUGAUGAACCAUUUCUGCAGCAUUAUCUGUCUAAACUUGUAAAAUUGGAAAAGAACAAGCUUAGAACCGGUAAACUAUAUGUAGAAGAUUGUUUCUAUCUAAUGGGGACUGUUGAUCCUACCGAAGGCCAUUGCCUAGAAGCGAAUCAAGUUUGCAUUAUUCAUGAAAAUGGCCAAAUUACAGGGGAUGUCCUGGUGUAUCGAAAUCCAGGUUUACAUUUUGGGGACAUCCACAUAAUGCAGGCCACGUAUGUGGAAGGAUUAGAAUCUUAUGUUGGCCAUGGCAAAUAUGCAAUUUUUUUCCCUUGUGUCGGACCUCGCUCAGUAGCAGAUGAAAUUGCUGGAGGUGACUUUGAUGGUGACAUGUACUGGGUUUCAAAGAAUCCUCAGUUGUUGGAAUGCUUCAGAAAGAGCGACCCUUGGAUGGAAAGUCCACCAUGUAAUCCUGUUAUAUUGAGUUCUAGUGUUAUUAAGCCUAGUGAGGAAGAACUUUUUAAACUAUAUCUGCAAACUCGGUUCCAAUCAAGUAGCGCAAUUGGUAUUGCAGCUGAUAGUUGGAUGGCACUCAUGGAUCGUCUUUUGACAUUAAGAAAUGACAUAACUAAAGAAAAAGAGGUGCUGCAAGUGAAGGAAAAUAUACUUAAAUUAAUAGAUAUAUACUAUGAGGCAUUAGAUGCUCCUAAGAAAGGUGGAGGAAAGAUCCAAGUUCCAGAAGAUUUGACUGUAGAAUUGUUCCCGCACUACAUGGAAAGGGACGGCAAAUCAUUCACUUCAACCUCUAUAUUAGGUUUAAUAUACGACGAGGUUUGUAGAUGGCAAACUAGUGAUAUGUCUGGAACAAAAAUUAGAAAACUUCCAUGUUUGGAUGUUGAAAUACCCAUGCACUGUGUGGAAAAGUGGGAAACACUGUAUAAGGAGUAUAGGACGGAUAUGUCUUUUGCAUGUCAAUCUAACUCAAAAGAAGAGGCUGCUGAAGUCAUUAAGAAAUAUAAGCAGAAAUUUGAUGUUGCUGCUAACAUAGAGGAUUGUUCGAAGAAUGUUACUGAUAUUUAUCACGAGGCUUUGGCCGUGUAUCAUGUUACUUAUGAUUAUGCCAUUCAAUGGAAUGAUGUCGCUAAAUGCGCCUUUGCAUGGAAGGUUGCUGGUCCAGCUCUCACAAAUUAUUGUGCAGAAAAUCAAAGUCAUAGUAAAUGUUUGCCGUGUAGUUCAUCUGUGUUACGUGAAAUUUUUGGAUCAUGAAAUACUUUAACUCAUGUUGGCUGUAUAUGUCCACGUAUCCUAACCUUUUAUGAAUAUUUUUGGUUAAUUAAAUCAGUUUACAUGUAUCAAA